AUUGUGUGCGAUAGUACAAGGGAGGCAAAUUCUAUGUAACAGCCAGGUAAAUGUCUACGAGAUUGCACGAGAUCACACUGUGCCAUGACAACGUUGAUACAACCAAGAUGGCCGACUAUAUUUGCAUAUAAAAUAUACAGAUCGUAGAAGAUGUCCGUGGUAGCCAUGCCGACCAUUGAGGAGCGGGAGAACUUGAUGAGACCCCAGAGGGUGCCCCUGUCUGGCUUCAGUCCUCGUCCAGUCCAGAGACUGGCCACCAGAAAACAGCCCAAAUCUGUGUUAAAUAUAGAGUGUAAUCACUUCUUACGGACAGAAACAAAGGACUUCACUCACGGACACGCCCCUCUCACGUACAAACUGUGGCUGGAAGCCGGGAAGCAUGACCCUCCCUACCCAAACACCCCUGACCCCAACUUUAACAGCAACGUGUGGAGAAAUUUUAGAAAACAGUAUGGAUUUAACACUACUGCGGAGGGUAGGAAGAUUUCUGAAGUGCUAGCUACAAUGUACCCAUUAAACAUCCCCCCUCCCUCACAGGUCGGGGAUCACACGUUUGAGAAAUACAUCAGAGAGACAAAGUUGUUUAAUAAUGAGAAGAUAGCCUUUCUGGCAAUGAACAGAACCAAGGCUGACGUUCAGGAAUUCAAGAGGUUACGGUGUCGAAGUGAAGCAAGAAAUCCGCCUCUCGACGAAAGUGGAAACAUUUUACCACCUGAGAACUUUAAAAAAUACGAGCAUCGGUUUCUACCCCCACCCCCACUACCACCGACCCCUCCCCCGACAAACCAGAAGAUCGACUCCCUGGGCCAGCGGUAUGUACCGCGCUCCGAGCCCCACCUGUGGAAGUUGUCCUACAAAUUAUCUCACCCCCAGUACGAGAGUGUUCGAAAGGAAGUCAAACGACGACAAGAAAUGAUGAAGAACAAACCACCUGGCGUGUCUCCUAAAACUUUCCCAUCGCCUCUGGUGCCAUGAAACUUGAGACUGAGUACUCAUGUACUCAGUUUAACAUAGUGUGCCAUUCCUACUUUCGUGUCACUUCUUUAUUUUCGCGAUCUUCAUCUGGAUUUCUUGUUUAUUUUAGUCCAGAUAUCUAUAAAAAAUCUAACCAAUAAAAAAAUGAAAGAAUAAAUGUUUGUGAAUUUACAAACGGAAUGGUCGCACUAAUGAAAAACGCCCACCUGCAUCGUUCUCGUGGCAAAUCAUGAAGCAAGAGUGCUAGAGGUACCUGUGAUUAUGACGUCAUAAUGCAUAAUGAUCUAUAGACUGUGAUACGUUUCUCACUGCAUGAUACGUCUGAUGAUGAAUGAGUGUAUUGUAUAUAUGUGCCGACUAUAAAUAAAAUUUACUUGACUUGAGGGAUUGUUAAUUGUAUAUAUGAUUCUUUACAAUACCAUAUAAAUUUAUUCUUUUUUCUCUGUUUAUUAGUGUGAGUUUGAAAACUGAUGUUUUAAUUGUAUCGAGACCAGAAAUGUUUUUUUUAACAUGACCAGUAUUUUCACGAGCGCCAACCAUUUGAGAACAAUCACAAGUAUAUACAGAAGAGGUAAUAUAACAAUGUUGUAAAUAUUUUUAUUGCAGUAUUUCAUUAAAAAGCUGUGAUAUAUUAUUACCAUGCUAAAAUAGAGCUGACCAUAUGGCUCGAAAUCGUUAUCUUUAUGUAAAGUUUACCAUGUUUGUUUUCUAACUAAUCACAGAAUAUUUAUUGUUAUUCAUUCUCUAUCUACUUUGUUGUGCAAUCACAAGAAAUGGAAUAAACUU